AUGUUAUCUGAAAUAUUGGUAGCUCUUUGUGUAGUGUUGUUUGUUAUUUGGUAUAAAACCAACAAAAAUAAUUAUUGGAAGAAGAGAAAUAUUCUGCAGAUAGAGGAUUUGAAUUGGAUAUUUAUGUUUUCAAGAAGCUCUUUGGCCGAGAUAUGCAAAAACAUUUAUGAUAAAUAUGACACACCUUACAUUGGUACUUCUAUGGGGUCUACGCCCACCCUGAUCUUGAAAAAUAUUGAAGAUAUUAAAGCAGUUCUGGCAGAUGAUUUUUCAAGCUUUUAUAGCCGAGGGAUGCAGCCACAUCCUAAUGAUAUUUUAGCAGACAAUAUCCUCUUCAUGAACAACUUAAACAGAUGGAAACUAAUAAGACACUCCAUUGCACCUGCAUUUACAAGUUUUAGGCUGAAGCAAAUGUUUUAUAUCUUAGAAAAAUGUGCCCGUGAUUUAGUAGAAGUAGUAGAGGAUAAUAAACAUGCCAGGAAAAAACCAUUCAGUUUUUUAUAUACCUACACUACAGCAUCAAUUGGUGCUUCCAUAAUUGGCGUUGAUAUUCAAGCUAAAAACAGUGAAAUGGAUUCCCCGUUCUUAGAUAUGUCUUGGGAAUUGUUAAAACCAUCACUAAAAACCAAAAUAAGAAUAUUUAUUGCCAACAAGUUUCCAAAAUUAUUCAAAGCAUUAAAAUUGAAAAUUUUUGGAGAGCAUGAAAAGUUUUUUAUUAGUAUGCUGAAGAGUUUUAUGGAGAAUAGAAGACGUCAUUUUCGAAUAACGCACGAUUUUGUUGAAAUUUGCCUACAAUUGCAAUAUAAAGGUAUGAUGCAAGAUUUCUUCACUACAUGUGAAAUAACGCCUACUACCGAAAGAUUAGCAGCACAAGCUUUUGCUUUUUUCAUUGCUGGUGCAGACACAACAGCUAAUGCUCUACACUUUACUUUAAUAGAAUUAUCGAAUAAUAAACAUAUUCUAGAAAAACUACAUGAAGAAAUUGACGGCGUAUUCGGAACUUACAAAGAAGAACUAUCUUAUAAUGAUAUUGAAAAACUAGAAUACCUUGAUAUGAUUAUCAGUGAAUCCCUGAGAAUGAACCCUCCAAUAGGUUUUAUACAAAGGAUAUGCACAAAAGACACUGUACUACCAAGCAAUGUGGCAAUCGAGGAAGGCACUGCAGUUGUUAUACCAAUAUUUGCCAUUCACAGAGAUGAUAAAUAUUUUUCGGUUCCAGAUCUAUUCGAACCUGAAAGAUUCUGUAAGGACAGUAUUUCUGAAAUGAAGUAUAUGUAUUUACCUUUUAGUGAAGGAAAUCGAAAUUGUAUCGGGUUAGAAAUGGCACGUCUUACAAUGAAGGUUGGUCUGGCGUGGUUAUUAAGACGGUUUACCUUGGCCGAGCAGAUUUACAAACCUAAAUUUGAAAGACACUCCUUUGCUCUUCGUGCUUCUAAAGCGUACUAUAAGUUGAUUGUCAGAGAUCUAUGUCCAGAAUAA